UAAAGCACAUAAACAGAAACUUCCUGUAAAUAAUUUCUAAGCACCUCCUGUUUUUCACCAUACACCUAUUCUAAACGAUAGCUAUCGACAGGCAACAUCGAUAACUGUUCAUGUCAGAAUGUCCUCCCAGGUCGUCUCAACGGACAACGCUACAGUUAUUAUUCAGAUAAAUCCACAGGUGGUUCAAGACAGCGCUGAAGGACAAGAAAAAUCAGGACAGUAUCAAAAUGCUGUUCUGAAAAAUUUUCUAAAAGUACAGCCAAAGUCUUUGGGGACUGUGCAGAUUCUGACUGGAAUUAUGAUUUUCCUGUUUGGUAUAUCUCUCUCCAUCGAUGACAGAUAUCAUGACAUAACUAUCAACAGUGGCAUAACCUAUUGGGGAUCCCUCAUUUACAUCAGUGCUGGAUCUUUGUCUGUUGCUGCAGAAAAUAAACUUCAUUCCUGUGUGGUGAAAGCCUCACUUGGAAUGAAUGUGUUCAGUUCCAUAACAGCAGGGAUAGCCAUUAUUAUAAUGUCAAUACAAUUAGGAUUAAGAUAUCCAGACUACAGCUAUCAAUACAGCCGUGUGAAAGACUCUUCAAAUAUAAUGGGGAUCAUUGGAAUAUUGCUGUUGUUCUCCAUCCUUCAGUUCAUCGUCUCUGUUUGCAUCUCGGCUUUUGCAUGCAAAGCCACGUGCGACACAUUCUCUUCAAUGGUCAAUAUUUCACUAAACCAGUCAAGGGUUACAGAAGAAGAAAUCUCUAAUCUAAACAAACCACAACUGCCAAAGAGAAACUAGCAGAAGACACCCAGAGUCACAGUGAUGGGACUUCAUGGUCCAGAAGUUACAAAGAUUUCAGUAUAUAAAGUAUAUUCCCAUAUUUUAUGUUUUGGUAGAGCAGAGAACUGAAAACUGAAAAAUAAUCAUUAUGUUAAGUUAUAUGGAGGUAAAAGUAUACUUUUACUGAAUCUUAAUUUUGCCAAAUCUAUUUUUCUUACAUACAUUUUAAACCCUGAAAUUAUUUUGUCUCUAUUAAUGCUCUAUUAUAGACCUACUUUUCAUUAAAACAAGUAUUUAGAAUGUUUAAAUAAGAUGUUUUCCUAUUUCAUACCAGUGUUUUUUGUGACUGACCACUAUAAAUGUGCAGGUUUCCUUUCCAUUAAAGUGAAGCAUGUGUCAAUUUA